CAUAAUUUUGCUGAGGAUGUUAGAGUUAGAGGCCUAUUGCUUUCGGGAUGUGAGCUUAGUUGAAAAAAAGUUGUCUUUGUCUAGUUCUUCUGCCAGGGACGAGGAAAUGAAUUUCUUAUAAAAGUUCUGGUGAAAAAGUAAUACCACAUAUCAGCUUAUACAAAAAGAUAAAUUGUGCAUUCUAACGUCUAUUUUCCAAACUUGUUAAGCCACACAACAGCAAGCGAGAGUUAUAGUCCAUAUUUUGUAUAACAAGUAUUUUACAAAUCUAUUCUGAACUCUUUCGAUCCUCUGUUAGUUAUAGUAAGGUGUCCAAAUUAUACUACAGUAUUUCAAUAUAGACCUUCCAGACUGUAGUUAAGAGUGAUUAUUGCUUUGACAUCAUCUGGUGUUUCUCUUGAUAAAGCCGAGUACUCUAAAACUCUUAAGCACAAUAUUAUCAAUGUUUGCUGGAAAACAAACUCCCAAAUCUUUAAUGGUGAUCAACAGUCUCCGCAAUCUUGCAUUUUUUCAGAAAGUAGCUAUGUGUGCAGGAAUGGAGUCAUUGUUUUGGAGAAACUUAUGUGCUUGUACUUCUUGGGAUUAGGUUACUGUUACACCAAUUAGCAAGUCUAUGCAGGUCGGGUUGGAAUCUGAGUCCCCAGUAGCAAAAAGCUUAAGGUCAUUGGCAAACAUCGUGAACCUUUGAAGCAACCAUCAACGACAUCAUUGAUAAAAAGUGUGCACCGGAUGAUACUGAAAACUCAUGUGAGAGUAUACCGCACAUUUUCACACGUUGUUGGCGCCCAAUUAAGUAGGAGCGAAUCCAGGACAAGAAAUGUUCACUAAACCAAUGCAUGAUGGCUUUUUCAGUAGAAUCUUACGACAAACGCUGUCGAAAGCUUAAGAUGACGUCAACUUGCUUCCCAGACUCCAAAGCAACAGUUAGGGCUUGUUGAUAACAGGCCAAGUUUGUCGAUUUGCCUUAUAGAAACCAUGUUGUUCAUUAGCGAUGUAAUUUUUGUAGCAGGUAAAUGUCGUCAAUCAGUAUGAAUUUCAUGAUUUUGGGAAUAUGGGAUAAAAGAGAUACCCCUGUAUAGUUUCUGAUGUCAGAUUGGAUUUAUUCACAGGGAUCUGAUUUGAUAUUUUCCAUGUUGUAGGAAAGAUUCCUGUGUCGAAAGUUCGAAUCAUGUCUUUCAGCGUCUUACUCUAGAUGGAAAAUGUUCUUUUGAUCAACUGCAAUCAAGGAUCACUCUUGGGUAUACAAUAUUAUUCCUCAUAAUUGUCACAAAGGCCUUGCGGCUAAUGAUGGUUAGGGGUUGGUCUUCAGAUAAACACACUACUACAAAAAAGAGUUUAACGUUUAUUGUAUGGGAUGCAACUCGUUCCCAUGUCCUGAAGUGGAUUUUUCCAGGACUCUUUGGGGUACCGGCAACCCUGAAGAGCAGUGUAGCUUGCUGCAGCUCUCACUGGGGUGAAGUGUUCCCAAGGAGAGCUUGAUCCAAACGGAUGCCGAUGCUGGUUGUGCCUCGAUGUUUUAUAUUUUGUGGGAUGUCAACAAUACUAAUAAUAACAUCGACCUGUAUAUUUUAUUAUUCUUAUUCAUCGCCAACCGUCAGUAGAGCUAUACAUUACCAUAGCGAUUUCCGGAAGUAAAGAAAUAGGUACUUUAUUCCACUAUAUUUCACCUGCCGCAAAUAUAUUUGCAGAGUUCUAUGUUGAGGAUUCGCAAUAGAGCAAAAAUCGCGAAGACGGCUUCCACCAGAUUCAGAUGCAUGAAAACGACAUCGUCUGAACUCAACAGUCAAAUCAAAUUGACACCAUAGUUGUUACCAAUGAAAAUUCUAUUAAAGAAGAACUCUAUCAAUUUUUAUGGUUGCCUGCCUUAUUACAUAAAUAACUAUUACAGGCCGAUUAUAUCUUACCAUGCAAGAAUCAUCUGAUCGUGUCUUCGCAUCGGAUUAUUAUCUUAACGCUACUACUACAAUAAUUAUUUCUUAAUUCUAUAUCUUAUUUCCUAACAUCCUAACAUUCUGGUCCCUUCUUUAUUGACGGCCCUUGAUUUCAGUUAUUAGGAUGUUCAUUUGUACUGUUUUUGUUGCUUCAAGCAGAUCUCAAGAGUAGAUCCGCGUUCACUUAUCCCUAUUGAACGCUGCUAAGUAGCAGCUCUUAGCAGAUCUUUCUGAUUUUUCGAGCAGGUAGACCAUGUACAAAUGAACAUCCUUUAAUGUAAUAAUCAAAUUCUAAACACCUACAAAUAAACCAACAAAAUCGUAAACCAUAACGACAAUAUUCUAUCUAAACUCUAACAGAAAAUAAAAAUGAAUUAGAAAUCAACGAAGAACUUCUUUGCUCUUCCACCUUGACCUUUGCUCUUACUUCUAGAAGUUGCUUGUGACGUGACGACCUUCAUCUUUGGAUUUGGAUCUUUCAUCCCCACCAUUAGUAAACCUUAAGGCGUCUCCAGUGGCUUCUUUGAUUUUGCUAAAUCCAAAACGGAAUUACGGAAGACCUUGGAUCUUUUAGCAGAAUGAUUGCGCAAUUUUUGAUCAGGGUAUCUUCCCGAUUCUCGAAGUCUCCAGAUUUAGACAUGGAACCACUUCUUUGGCCUCACUUUCCCAUACAUGUACAUACAUUUUUCAAUACGUUCUUCAACUCACUGCGUCUGAAAUGUAUAAAUGAAGAACCCAACCAGUCGGUGCAGGUUCACACAAUGCGAAGUCUUGGGUUUAUUGGAGAAAUAUUAUAAACCUGACAAUCUUAAAAAUAUGAUUGACAACUAUAAGAUGUUUUGUGACUAUAAGUACUGACUACCACCAUGCUAAUCAUUAAAAGGUACAUAAGUAAUACAAAAAAUAGGUAAAAGGGUGACGGGUUGGUCACCUUACAGCGUCCAUAAGGAAAUCUCAAUGUAAAUUCGAACAUUCCUACUUAUUGUCGUUUGCGGAUUUUGAAAACGCUCAUGUUACGUGCCCUCUUCAUUCUUAGUUUAAAGCCUUAUUUCUAUGUUAUAUGGAAAGUUUCUUAAAGUCUGUCUUAUCUAUCCUACUAAAUUCAGGUAACGAUGUUGGGAUACGGCAAUGCCCGUUUUCUUGAUACUUCGGCGAAUGUCACGCUACUACUAUAAUAUAUCACUUGGGUCUUACGUCUAGUGAGGGUUUAACUUGAGGUUAGGAGUUGUUCUUCAGAGAAAAACACUUAACCAUAAAAAGGAGCUUAACGUACAUUGUCUGCUAAUGGGUACAUUACCAAAGGGGCACUAUAUGGUUCCCCACGAUCCUUUUGUAGGCGUAUUUUUGGUUCAAAAUUGCUGAAACAUCAACUUUUUUGAAACAAGUUUCAAGUCUUUUUGAAUUUCCAAAAACUUUGCAAAAUUAUAUCUCCCAUUGUAUCCAAAGAUAAAAUUCCUAAAAUCAAAUAUACGUGAACAAAAAUAGUUUCUAGCAUCUGUAACGACGACACAUUGCGCACAACUGUGUAUUUUUCCAUAAGCCUUGGAUUUUACUCCAACUCUCUCUCACUUAUAGGACAAACAACAAUCUAACCUCAUUUUGUAAUAACCAUGUACAGUUUCCAAGUUGGACAACGCAACGUCACACAUUUAAUGUCCACAAGUGUUAACAAUUUCAUAAUAAAAACAUCUUUGUUUGUUUGAAAUCCGACACCCUAUAAAUGUGUAAAAACAUUGAAAAAACACCCCCAUCGUUCAAAUAUGACGAAGGUAAAACUGUAUUUGUUGAUUUGCAGUUUACUUGCUGGGACAGUUUAUAAUAAUGAUGAAUCUAGCGAGCAGAAAUUCGAAUUAGCUCAAGAACAAGACAAUCGUCUGUUGUUGCUAGCCACCUUGGAUGGCAGCUUAAUAGCUGUUGAUAAGUACGAUGGGGCAAUUAAAUGGAAAAUUAAAGACAAGCCCAUAGUACAGGUGCCUCUUGACACUAGACAAGCCUUAAUUCCAAUAUUUCUCCCAGACCCUCGUGAUGGGUCUUUGUAUUUGAUGGGCAACAGCCAGGAGCCCCUUAAAAAGUUACCAUUUAACAUACCCCAGCUGGUACAUUCAUCCCCUUGCCGAAGUUCCGAUGGGAUUUUAUAUACUGGUAAAAAAAAAGACACGUGGUAUAAAUUAGACCCAAAAACUGGUAACAAAGAACGUAUAUUAGGCUGGGGUGAUAGCAGCCCCACUUGCCCUGUAGAAGUCAACAAUUUCGUUUACAUAGGACGAACCAAAUAUAAUAUUUUAAUGGUGGACACUAAUACACACAAUAAAAAGUGGAACGUUACUUUUUAUGAUUAUACAGCAGCUGAUAUGGGGGUUGACGAGUUUAGCAAUUAUGACUUGGUUCAUUUUGCUUCAACAUCAAGCGGAAAAGUUUUAACUCUAGAUAGAAGACGCGGAAAUUUACUAUGGAAAUCCGACCUAAGCAGCCCUGUAAUUGCAAUUUACCUACUAUCACUAGAAGGCCUUAUUAAAGUACCAUUUACAAGCCUCAGUAAUCACACAAUAAAUUAUUUGGCUUCAGAAAUAGAAAAGCAUAACGGCCUGAUUGACAAUCCUAAUCAUAUGAAGCUUUAUCCUACCCUUUACAUAGGCGAACAUCAUCAUGGUUUAUACGCAAUACCCUCUUUAGUAGACCAAAACUUAGUCACAAUAACAGCUUCAGAUAAUGGGCCUUUGCUUUUGGGUGGUCCUCAUGCACCCGUAUACAAAAACCAAUACCUCUUGCCAGGUCGCAACUAUAAACUACCCCAAGAAGCUUUGCCCGAAAAAACAUUUCAAAGUUUGCCCGAGUUUAACGGGCACAUUACCAUUUAUACGGGGCAUUACAACGUGCCCAAUUACACUAAGGCAGAUUUUUUAGGAGGCCCGAAUAAACAAAUCAAGUUGAUUGCGCAUAAAGAAACUCAAACCGAAACCAAAUGGCUGACAAAUUACUACAAAGACACCAAACAGUGGAUUAAUCAGCAAGAAAAUAAAGGGCUCAAGUUGAGCUUGAUUAUAAUGACUGGGAUUGUGUUUGCCAUGUUUUGGUACCUGCUGAUGCAGGUGCGCGAAGUGCAAAAUUUGUCGCAAAACGGUUCCAAGGGCAGUCAAGGUUCUUUUGGCAGGCACGGACAAGUAACUGCGUUUGCCGAAGAGUUACCUGGUGGUUUGGUGAAGGUUGGAAAAAUCACUUUCCAUCCGGAACAGUUGCUGGGGAAAGGGUGCGAAGGGACAUUUGUUUACAGGGGCGAAUUUGAUAAUCGGAGAGUUGCUGUUAAAAGGCUGUUGCCUGAAUGCUUCACUUUUGCUGAUAGAGAAGUUGCUUUGUUGAGGGAAAGUGAUGCUCAUUCAAAUGUUAUAAGGUACUAUUGUAUGGAACAAGACCGAAUGUUCCGCUACAUAGCCCUGGAACUCUGCCAGGCAACCCUGACCGAAUACAUGCAAGGCAAAUGCGAUACAACCGCCAUAAAACCUCUAGAGAUUUUGUACCAAGCUACAUCAGGAUUGGCCCAUUUGCACUCUCUUGACAUCGUACAUAGAGACAUCAAACCCCACAAUGUCCUUAUCUCAGUGCCAAAUGCUAAAGGCCAAGUAAAAGUUAUGAUUUCAGAUUUUGGUUUGUGCAAAAAGUUGCAGUUUGGCAAGGAUUCGUUUUCGCGCAGGUCCGGAGUUACUGGAACUGAUGGUUGGAUUGCGCCUGAAAUGAUUAGCGGUUCUGGACGUACAACUGCUGCUGUUGACUUGUUUUCACUUGGGUGUCUUUAUUAUUAUGUUCUUUCCAAAGGGGCUCAUCCUUUUGGAGAUGUUUUGCGAAGGCAAGCUAAUAUUUUACUUGGGGAGUAUAAUUUGGACCAGCUAGAAGGCUUGGAUUGGGAGAAGGAGCUUCAAAAACCGCUCAUAGAGGCUUUAUUGUCAUCUAGGCCUGAUACUAGGCCUAGUUGUAAUGCAGUUUUAAGACAUCCAAUGUUUUGGAGUUGUCAAAAGAUUUUAGGCUUUUUUCAAGAUGUCAGCGAUAGAGUUGAAAAGGCUGAACCUAAUGAUUCAGUUUUAUUAAAGCUUGAGCAUAAUUGUAAACCGAUAGUUAAAAACGAUUGGAGGUUGCAUAUUCAUGAAGAAGUUGCCAAAGAUUUGAGAAAAUAUCGUACUUAUAAAGGGGACAGCGUUAGAGACCUUUUAAGAGCUCUUAGAAAUAAGAAACAUCACUUUCGAGAGCUCACAAAAGAAGCUCAAGAGUCUCUUGGAGAAAUCCCUGAAGAUUUUACAAGUUAUUGGAACAGCAGGUUUCCUCUUUUACUUGUACACACUUAUAUUGCAAUGCAAUGUGUCUCUCAAGAAAUUACUUUUCAAAAUUACUAUGACAAGUCGUAUAAAUAUAGUACUGAAAGGUUUAAGCGGCAAGUUGACAGCUACAUAGAAUUAAAUCCUUUAGCUGAAGCUUGCGAUACGAAUUUGGAUCAUUUUGACAAAAAUUAUAGUAACAGAAACAGCCCUAGAAGGUUUCAAAACGUAGGAUUAUAUAGAAAUUUAAGCCAAAAUACUGUAGAUUUAAGUGACAUAAAUGUUAGUUCUAAGGAUAACGGGCCAGUUUAUAAACCGCCUCAACGAAGGGAGAGUUAUCCCUUGAAAAUGAAACAGCGGAAGAAGAAGAAAAGUGAUGAACCCUUAGUUUGGGCGAUUGAUAAAUAAACUUAUAUUUGUCACAAUGAAACAUUCCCCUUGUUGAUUUUGUUAUUUUUUAUUCUAAAUUAACACUUUUUUACUGUGAUACGUGCCUUUUAAAUUAAUUUUGUUUUACAAGGGUGUUACUAUAAAUAAAUUAUUUUAAAUAAAAAAUAUCGAGUUUCAAUUAUUAGCUUAAUUUUUAUUGGAUUUGAAAUGGGUACGAAUAAACAAAUAACCUUACUAAGAGCUAAAUUUAAAUUAGUUUUAGUGUCUAAAUGAUGGGACUAGAUUACUCCCAUCGGCUCUUUUUUUUCCUGGAUUGGACUGGAGGUGGAGGAGGCGGCGGGCUAUCAGCACUUGCAGUAAACUGAAAAAUUUCAAUCGAAGUUAUAUCUGAACCUUGACCUGCUGACUAUGCAGUUUUGCUCUUUCCAUGAUUCCUAAAUAGUUUCGGACUUUGCUAACAGAGCCAAUAAGGCAAUUUAAGACGUUAAUUAAACUUCUCAGAAACAUUAAUAAUAUUGCUUACAAGAGGUAACUCUUAGUUUCGAGUAUCUUCUUAUGUACCAAAAGUUCAACUUGACUUUGGUUUGUUCAGAUUUCUUUGACAUGUGUCGGCUGAUGAUCAAUCAAGAAUUUUCUUACCUGAGUCUGAUAUUGUGAUUUAAAAGCCUCCUUCAUAGCUGUCAAUCGAUCAGUAACAGGCCCUUUAGGUGCAGCACUGGUAGAAAGAUUCCCAGAAGAACUGGCAACAAACCCGCGCAUAGAACUGGCACUCUCCUUAAACCCAAACCCUAUACCGCCAACCCCACUAGACGAUUGUUGCCCUUUCUUUCUAUUACGCUGACUUUUGAACCAGGAACUUUGUAGAGCCAAAUCUAAAACGUCUUGAGGUACUGCUUGCUUGGCCGCUUCCAAAUUUUUCACUAUGUGACCGGCGAACUCUUUGUCUUUGUAGGUGAGCAACGUGUAUGCGGUACCGUGAGUACCCGCCCGACCUGUCCUACCUAUUCUGUGAGUGUGAGUGUCGAUAUCGCGAGCCAAAUCGAAAUUUAUUACAGUCCGGACGUGUGGUAUGUCUAAGCCUCUUGCGGCAACAUCUGUGGCCACUAAUAGAGGUACUUGUUGCUUUUUGAAGGCCGUAAUUACUUUGUUUCGUUCAGCUUGUUCCAUGUCCCCGUGUAAAAGCAAACAAUCAAACUCUUUGAUUAGUAAGUCUUUGGCUACUUGCUCCGCGUCUAGUUUCUUUGUUACAAAAAUUAACACUGAGCCUGCCGACAAUAAUUCAACCAGCUUAUUGAACAACCAACUACGUUUCGACUCUUGACUGGGCAAAAGUAAUGCGUAUUGAGUCACAUCUUCGUUUGCUUGUCCAGUAACACCUAGAAUUUGAUUUAAAAUAAGAUACUACAUACAUGAAAUAUUCUAAUUAUUAUUAUUUACUUACCUUGUGAAAUCCUAAUAGGAUCAUCCAAAGCAUCUUUGGCCAACCUUUCGAUUUUCUUCUUAAACGUAGCAGAAAAAAGUAAAGUUUGUCGAUCAGGCCUGACGUGAUUGCAAACCGAACGCACUUGAGGCUCGAACCCCAACUCGAACAUUCUAUCGGCUUCAUCCAAAACUAAAAACGUGACCCUUUGCAAAUUGGUGGCGCCCCCUUUAACAUGGUCAAUGAUACGGCCUGGAGUGGCCACUAGAAUUUCCCCGCCUUCUUUUAACGCCUGAAAAUACUCGUGCAUUUCAGUUUUAUAAUUGUUUUUUAUGUUUCACCUUGCUCUGUUCCCACUUUGAUCCGCCGCCAUAGGCGCAAAUGACUCUCAAAUCGUAAACUUUGGCAAACUUUUUGGCCUCCAUAUAAAUUUGGAUUGCCAAUUCUCGGGUGGGUGCUAGAAUCAAGGCUAUUGGGCCUUCGCCCUCUUCCACAGGCCUUUGCACUGAUACGUGUUUGAGUAAAGGCCACAAAAAUGCAGCCGUUUUUCCACUACCUAUACAUUUUUGUAUUAAAUCUACACAAAAUCGAAACAACAAUAAUUUUUACCUGUUUGUGCAAUACCUAAAACAUCUCGGCCCAUCAUAGCAGCUGGGACAGCUUGAGCUUGAAUAGGAGUGGGCGAAGUAUACUCAGCCUUAAUUAUUGUUUUUAAAAGUUUAUCGUCAAAACCGAAAUGAGCAAAAGAAGCUACCGGUUUGGGGAUGUUAGCCCCAGUCACGGUUAAAUCGUAAGUGUGUUUCAAUUCAAUGACUUUUUCGUUUGACAACAUUUGAAUUUCAGGGUGUUCGAUGUAAAAGUUUUUCUGAAAGGGAUGGUAUUCGAUUAAAGAGUGAUCUAUUGGAGGUAGAGGAUCGAUUAUCCUUUUCUUGUCAGGGGGUAUGGGAUUGCCAUCUUCAUCGUAUUCGAUUUCGGUGCCGUCUUCUUCUACAGGCAACAGGCCCGCGUUUGGAUUUUCUUCCAUGUACCUGUAAUAAGAUUCUUCGUCGUCUUCUUCUUCCAAGUCGUUUCUUACCGCUUGCGGUUGUUGCUCGUCCUUUAUUACAACUGCAGCUUUGUGAGUUUCUUUUUUAACCUAAAUAUUAUUACGAUAUU